UGUUGUAAAUCUCCAGUGGAACUCGUUUUGGCAGUCUCAACAGAGUCGUGUCAUUUCCGACAGCCCGUGAAGGCAGCAGCAGCCCCUCCAGUUCCUCCUGCGUGAUCGCCGCGCACAGAAGCGCCGCGGCCGCAGACACACAGGCAGGCGGGCAGACAGGCGCACGUUCGCCGCUCGAACAGGAUGUAGCGGCGGAGACGCUCCGCGGAACGAAGAGGAGGGAAGCAGCUCGGACUGCGUGACGUGACGGGCAGACAUGACCGCCGCGGCGGGCGGCAGCAGCAGCCAGACGCGGGGAGUCCCGGUGCGGCACCGCAUCGCCGGCAGGUCUUGACGCCCGCUCCUGCACACUUUCAGGACCGCACAGCGUUACCGACAGACCGAUCGAUCAUGGCGAGCCAGGGCGACUGCUGCGUGAAGGUUGCGUUGAGGAUUCGUCCUCAAAUGGCCAACGAGAAGAUAGAGGGCUGUCAUGUGUGCACUCUGGUCACUCCUGGGGAGCCGCAGGUCCUCCUGGGGAAGGACAAGGCCUUCACCUACGACUUUGUGUUCGAUCUGGACUCGGAGCAGCAACUCAUCUACCAGGCUUGCGUGUACAAGCUGAUCGAGGGCUGCUUUGAGGGCUACAACGCCACGGUGUUUGCCUACGGUCAGACCGGUUCUGGUAAGACCUACACCAUGGGAACGGGUUUCGACGUAAACCUGAGCCUGCAGGAACAGGGCAUCAUCCCCCGGGCCGUCCACCAGCUCUUUGAAGGGAUCCAGAGCAGGAGGCUGCGAGCGCAGCAGGCCGGCGUCCAGGCCCCCGAGUUUAAAGUCAGCGCCCAGUUUCUGGAGUUGUACAAUGAGGAGAUCCUGGAUUUAUUCGAUGGAGCCAGAGAUCCAGAGAGUCGCAACAGGAAGUCCAACAUUCGGAUCCACGAGGACGCCAGCGGCAGCAUCUACACCACAGGAGUCACGUCCAGACUGGUUCACUCGGAGGAGGAGCUGCUGCAGUGCCUGAAGUUUGGCGCUCUGUCCCGCACCACCGCCAGCACGCAGAUGAAUGCCCAGAGCUCGCGCUCCCACGCCAUCUUCACCAUCCACCUCUGUCAAAUGAGAGUCUGUCAGCAGCUGCAAACGAAUGGAGGAGGAGAGGCCACGGAGCUGGACGGGGUAAACAGCCUGGACUCGAACCCCAUCGCCCAGCCGGAGUACGAGACCCUGAUGGCCAAGUUUCACUUUGUGGAUCUGGCUGGUUCAGAGAGGCUGAAGCGCACAGGGGCCACGGGGGAGAGGGCCCGGGAGGGAAUCUCCAUCAACUGUGGACUGCUUGCACUGGGAAAUGUGAUCAGCGCUUUGGGGGAUCAGUCUAAGAAAGGAGGGCACGUCCCGUACAGAGACUCCAAACUCACCCGACUGUUACAAGACUCCCUGGGAGGAAACAGCCACACAGUGAUGAUCGCCUGCGUCAGCCCGUCAGACCGGGACUUCAUGGAGACACUAAACACGCUAAAGUACGCCAACCGCGCCCGAAACAUCAAGAACAAGGUGGUGGUGAACCAAGACAAGACCAGCCAGCAGAUCAGCGCGCUGAGAGCGGAGAUAGCCCGACUGCAGAUGGAGCUGAUGGAGUACAAGGCGGGGAAGCGCGUGGCGUGCGAGGAUGGCUCUGAAGGCUACAGCGACCUGUACCAGGAGAACGCCAUGCUGCAGAGGGACAAUGACACGCUGCGCCUCCGAGUGAAGGCCAUGCAGGAGACCAUCGAUAACCUCAACAGCCGGGUGACCCACCUCCUGGCCAAUGAGGUCAGCUCUCUGCUCGCCAAGUCAAGUCAAGGCAACGAGGAGAUCGGGACUCUGAUACAGAACUACAUCCGAGAAGUUGAAGAACUCCGGACCAAACUUCUGGAGAGUGAGGCCAUGAACGAGUCGCUAAGACGGCAGAUGACCCGCCUCUCCUCCAGAUCCCUGUUUCCAGACUCCUCCCUAAGCCCCGCCCCCGGCCACCCCCCCGGCUCCUCACCUGUUCCCAUGUCCAUGGAGGCGGAGAUGACGGACGUGCUGCGCCGCGCCAAGCUGGACAUCGAGAGGCUGAAGAAAAAGGAGAGGAGGCAGAGGAGGAUGAGUCCAGAGUUGGAGAAAGGCCUGAAGAAGCGAGUGAAGCUGCACACUCAGGAGAACGGAGAGAGCCGGCAGAGCGGCGAGAACGGACAGAACGGCGAGAUCGACUCAGAUGAUAAUUACACAGAGGACGUCAUGUCUCCGCUGCAGGAGGAGAGCGGAUGUGAAGAAGAUGAGGACGAAGAGGAGGGCCGAGAGGAAGAGGAUGAUUUCGACAGCGACGAGAGUCUGGUGGAUUCUGAUUCCGACUCGGAUGAGAAAGCGAACUUCCAGGCAGACCUGGCAGACCUGACCUGCGAGAUCGAGAUCAAGCAGAAGCUGAUCGACGAGCUGGAGAACAGCCAGCGGCGGCUGCUGAUGCUGAAGCUGCAGUACGAGGAGAAGCUCAUCCUGCUGCAAAACAAGAUCAGAGACACGCAGAUGGAGAGGGACCGCGUGCUGCAGAACCUCAUGUCCAUGGAAAACUACACGGAGGAAAAGGCCAACAAGAUCAAGCAAGAGUACGAGAAGCGACUGAAGGAAAUGAACCGCGACCUGCUGAAGCUGCAGGCUGCUCAGAAGGAGCACGCGCGUCUCCUGAAAAACCAGGGGAGGUACGAGCUCGAGCUGAAGAAACUCCAGUGUGAAGUCAACGAGAUGAAGAAAGCCAAGGUGGUGCUGAUGAAGCAGAUGAAGGAGGAGCAGCAGAGGAGGAGGAUGGUGGAGGCCAAGAGAAACCGGGAGAUUGCACAGCUCAAGAAGGAGCAGCGACGGCAAGAGUACCAGAUCCGAGCGCUGGAGUCCCAGAAGCGGCAGCAGGAGUUGGUGCUGCGGAGGAAAACUCAGGAGGUGACCGCCCUGCGCCGCUUGACCAAACCCAUGUCGGACCGCGUGGCGGGCCGCGUGGCCCGCUGGAACCCGAGUCCCUCAGUCACAGACUCCGGAGCCGACCUGUCAGCCAGUACCACAGCCAGCAGCUCGGAGCCCGAGAGCGGGAGGACCGUCAGCGGUUUGGUGCGGCAGUGGAACAACAAGAACAACGCCUACGGAUAUCUGGGAGAGAGUGAAGGCAGCAUGGACGGGACACGAGUCAACGGGAGCAGAAAGAAGCUGCAGCUUAAGCCAGCAGGACUGGGCAGCACCGCGGCUGCAAGCAGACCCAGUUUCUCCAAGUCUGCUCGUCAGAAGUGGCAAACCCUGGAGCGCCGAAUCAUGGACAUCGUCAUGCAGAGAAUGACCAUCUCUAAUGUUGAAGCGGACAUGGAUCGCCUCAUCAAGAAGCGAGAGGAGCUGACAGUCCAGCAGGAAGCUCUCUCACACAAAAGGGAAGUGCUGAUGGCAGACGGGGAGGGGCCAGAGGCCGAGGACCGCCUCCUCCUGGAAGUCAGCGAGGAGCUGGAGGUUCUGAACGCCAACAUCGACUACAUCAACGACAGCCUGUCUGACUGCCAGGCCACGAUUGUGCAGAUAGAAGAGACCAAGGAUGAGCUGGACUCGGUGGAUACUUCAGUGGUCAUCAGCUCCUGCUCUCUGGCUGAAGCACGCCACCUUCUGGACCACUUCUUAAAGGCUUCCAUUGACAAAAGUUUACAAGUGGCUCAGAAGGAGGCUCAGAUCCGACUGCUGGAGGGUCAGCUGAGGCAGACGGAUGUGAUUGGCUCGUCUCACAAUCACAUGAUCCUGGACGCUCUCCGUGAAAAGGCUGAAUACAUCCCUGAACUCCAGGCUCUCAUCCACAACGUCCAACAAGAAAAUGGUUAUGCCAGCACCGAUGAGGAGCCCUCUGAGUUCAGCCAAGCCUCUGACAGCAGUGUGUCUCAAAUAAAGGAAUCCAACAGCCAAGAUGAUUUCAAGAUGAAGAUGGAGCCGCGUCUGUCAGCCCAGAUGAAGGCGGUGUCAGCAGAGUACCUGGGUCCCAUCCUGGACCCUUCAACGGGCAGCAAAGCGCAGCACAUCACCAAGUCUCUGGCUUCACUGACAGACAUCCAGGAGGACGGCUUGAGUCUCAUCCCAGGGAGCCCAGGGCUAAACCUGUCUCUGCGAGACUCCUAUCACAGGGACAGGGCGUCCCGCACCAUCAGCCUCCCUGUCAGGGGACAUACCUUUCCCAGGCAGUCUCGGGGUUAUGAAACUUCUCCUAUUACAAGAAGGAAGUCUUACGAUCGUGCAUACAGGCCCACAGAUGGCUACACUCCUCCCUCCUCACCUCCUCUCAGGAGCAGGAACGACAGGAACGUCUUCUCCCGGCUCACCAGCAACCAAGCUCAAGGCUCGGCUCUGGACAAGUCGGAUGACAGCGACUCCUCGCUCUCCGAGGUGCUCAGGGGUGUGAUCAACCCCAUUGGGGGUGUGAAAGGGGGUCGAACAGCCCCCCUGCAGUGUGUGUCUGUAGCCGAGGGCCACUCAAAGCCGGUUCUGUGUGUGGACGCUACAGAUGAGCUGCUGUUUACUGGAUCAAAAGAUCGUACUUGUAAGAUGUGGAAUCUGGUAACGGGUCAGGAGAUCGCCACUCUCAAAGGACACCCAAACAAUGUGGUUUCGGUCAAAUAUUGCCCGUCCUCUGGUCUGGUUUUCUCCGUCUCCACCUCCUACAUCAAAGUGUGGGACGUGCGUGACUCUGCCAAGUGUGUUCGCACGCUCACGUCUUCGGGUCAGGUGAUUUCCGGGGACGCGUGUGCUGGCACGACCACCCGCACCAUAACCUUUGCUCAGGGUGAAUGUCAGAUCAACCAGAUAGUUCUCAACCCGUCGGGGUCUCUGCUCUACGCUGCUGCCGGGAACAUCGUGCGCAUGUGGGACCUGAACAGGAUGCAAGCGACAGGGAAGCUGACGGGACACAUCGGCUCCGUCAUGUGUUUGACAGUAGGACAUUCUCUGCUGGGCAAAGAUCAAGUCAUCACUGGCUCCAAAGACCAUUACGUCAAGGUGUUCGAUGUAGCAGAGGGAACUCUGGGUAAUGUAGGUCCAGCCCAUAACUUUGAGCCUCCGCACUACGACGGCAUCGAGUGUUUGGCGGUUCAGGGAGACGUGCUGUUCAGCGGCUCCAGAGACAACGGCAUCAAGAAAUGGGAGCUGGAGCAGCAGGAACUCACACAGCAAAUCCCAAACGCCCACAAGGACUGGGUGUGCGCGCUGGCGUACGUGCCCGGACGGCCCAUGCUGCUGAGCGCCUGCCGCGGCGGCAUGCUGAAAGUCUGGAACGUGGACAACUUCACACCUAUCGGAGAGGUCAGAGGUCACGACAGCCCCAUCAAUGCCAUAUGCACCAACUCCAGACAGAUCUUCACCGCUUCCAGUGACUGCAGGGUGAAGCUUUGGAGCUAUGUGCCAGGCUUGACCCCAUGUCUUCCUCGCCGGGUCUUGGCCAUCAAGGGCCGAGCCACCAGCCUCCCAUGAUUGCCUAUUCUCUGCUCACCGCCCCCUCCUCUCCUCUGCGACAAGACGGUGAAGAUCUGGCUGUCAAAGGUGUGGAGGAAGAGGUGAGACACAAAGUGACUGUGGAUCAGCCAUCUCGCUGCAGCGUCCUCCUCAGAUCCGUGACCCGCUCACUUUAAGCAACGACGUGUCACUCUGAAGUUUUCCACAGCAAUGGGGGCUUUGAAUAUACAUACUCAUCUGUGACUUUCUUGAAGAAAAACAAAACUUUCAGACUUUUUGUACUGCCAGUUUUUGAAAGUGCCAUUGAGGUGUGGUGCUACUCAGAACUGCAUCAGUGUGUCGGUGCGUCCUCCAGGCCAAACUCCCUCACAUGAAACCCCCCCACAGCCUGGUAUUAAAUAAAAGUGUCCUUCUGUUCUUUCACUGAGGUUUAGGACAGUGAGAGAUGAAUCUGUUGGACUUCCUGUUUUACAAGCCUUGUGGCUGUUCUGCAGCUGCACUGUCAUGUUGUGUUUUAAAGUCCAUCACUCAUGGAGCUUUUGUUAUUAUGCCGUUUUUUUUGUUAAUUUAUUGUUUUCUCUACCUCACUUAGUUUGACUGAGAGGUUGGAGGGCACAUUUUUACGGGUCUCUCGGUGCUUUAUGCUUUGACGUUGCUAUUUAAUGCCAGGCUCUUCAUCCCGGUUUUGAUGACUGAUCGCCAUCUUGACGCUAACCCUACAAACAUCCUUCUAUGCUCACAGUAUCAAGUCACCUGCUCUCUAAACUACGCGACACUAACGGCACGCGCUGUAAGGAGGAGGUUAGCGUUGUGGCUAAAGUGCCACUUCGUUAUCGCCUCACCCCGCAGCUCACGGCUCACUUCUGACAUUCAUACUUCAGGGAAAUGUAAGAAGAGCCUCAGCAGCGUUCACUUUUACUCUGAUACGUGGGGUUAGAGGUCAGACUGAGGUUCUGCACCUCUUUAAAAAAUUGUUUUGGUUAGCGAGCUGCUUCAUAGUCGGAUCACUCGGGUGAAAGUAGGUCAUCACAGAGAAGACUUCUUUUCUUCAUUAAAAAUUCCAAUUUUCUUCCACCCACAUCUACAGGCAGCAAUAAAAACUUCCAGUCCCCGCGUACGGAUGUGCAAAUCUGUUUAUCCGUGUGUGUAACGUGUGCACAUGCCACAAACACACGAUUGGAUGUUUCGCUUAUCCAUCUGGCCUGAUAGGUCUUGGCAUGCCUAACUGUGUUGAUUUUCUGUUUCUUAAAUAAAACAAAUUCACACACACACCUACAGGCUACAGCAAGUCCUAAAAGUCACUUCAAUUAUCCUUUUGUGGUCUGACUCAUGAAGGCUCUGAAACGGCUUCACUUCAUGAACACUGGCUUUUCUUUUCUUUUUUUAAUCUAAUGCUCUGAAACGAAGAGCUGUAUUUUUAAGCUCCUCGUUGUUGCGCUUGAUUAAAACCCCGAUGUUCACACUUCAUUUAUUCAUCACUUCUUCUGGUGGAAAGUAAAAGAAAAGGAAUCCUUUCGCUAAUUUCGUGCACUUUUUUCCUCAUAAAAGACCCAGAGAUGAUCAGUAUGUAGUUGAAUCAAGUGGAUCAUAAAACAGCAUUUAAAAAAAAAAAAUUCAAAAGCUUUCUUUAAACUAUGCUCUGAUAAAUUCAUGCUGCUGUUAACAUGCGUGAAGCAAUUUGGGUGUUUAGUGUUGUGCUGGGAGGUCAAAGGUUACUGAAUAUGUGAAUAUAGGGUUAAUCUGAUGACACUUUUUGUAGUAAUGUAUUUUUUAAAUGAGAAACUCAGGUAAUGGAUGAAGGAUGAUUUUUUUUUGGUCACAUUCAGUCAGAACUUGUGAAUUUAGCUUUCUGAAUUAACCAAAUUAAAGGCCUUGCUUAAGUGUAA